UUGUCGGCGCUCUAAUCUGGAACAUGGCGGCGCGUUCGCUGUGGGCGGUGCAGCGUCUGCAGCGCCUACUGGCCUCCGGGGCUGUGUCAGAGAGCAGGGGAUGGCUACACCCUUUCAGCACUGCCACCCAGAGAACUGCUGGGGAAGACUGCAGUUCUGAGGACCCUCCUGAUGGACUUGGUCCCUCCCUUGCUGAACAGGCCUUAAGGCUAAAAGCUGUUAAACUGGAAAAAGAAGUCCAGGAUUUAACACUGAGAUACCAGAGAGCCGUCGCUGACUGUGAAAACAUAAGGAGACGGACCCAGAGAUGUGUGGAAGAUGCGAAGAUAUUUGGGAUCCAGAGCUUCUGUAAGGACCUCGUGGAGGUAGCAGACAUUUUGGAGAAGACUGCCGAGUGCUUUUCAGACGGAGCUGAACCUCAGGACCACAAGCUUACUCUGGAAAAAGUCUUCCAAGGGCUGUCCCUGUUAGAAGCAAAGCUGAAAAGUGUGUUUACCAAGCAUGGCCUAGAGAAAAUGGCACCCAUCGGUGACAAAUACGACCCUCAUGAGCAUGAACUCAUCUGCCACAUGCCAGCAGGUGUUGGGGUGCAGCCUGGCACCGUGGCAUUAGUUCGGCAGGAUGGCUACAAACUUCAUGGCCGCACCAUUAGACUUGCACAAGUGGAAGUGGCAGUAGAGUCUCAAAGAAGGCUCUGAACAGGUGACUGGAACCAAACCCUGUCCUAGAGUCAGGCACCUGUCUCCUUUAUUUAUUAAGCUGGUUUGUAUUAUACAUGAGGUCCUUCGUGUGCUCCACCUCGGAUUUAGUCACAUUGGCUGUGUCUCUGCAGUGUCUUAUGGGCUUAUGUGACCUGUUUGGUCUUAUCAGGAGUCCUGCCACUAGGCAUUUGAACAAUGUGACGAGUGCCAUGUGGCCUUUAUCAAAAUGUUUACAGAAAUCAUUUAAAUUGGUACUCAGAUGACUGAAUCCAGAACCUUCUUACCUGUGUUUUCAUCUGACUGCUGGAACUAGUGCAGCAUCUGUAUCUUGAGUUUUUGGGAAAGGGAAAUGGUGGGGAUUGGUUUUGACAUUUAGGUACGUGGAUGAAUAAUGCCUUACCCUUGUAUAAAUUUAGAUCAUUUGGGCUGGAGUGGAGAGAGACUUCCCAAGGCCCCUUUUUUAUUGCGCAUUUCAUUCAGUCAUCUCUUGUGCUUGUAUUCCCUUCUAGGGUCACACUCACACUGUUUCAUAGCCACCCCUUUCCGGUCCCUUUUGGAAGGGCUAAAGGGUCAGGCCAGUCUUCCUUUUUUGUUGUUGGUAAGGUGAAUACGUUUAUCAUUAAACUAGUCUCAAGUCUAAGAACAGGCAAGCCCUGGUUGCCUUGACAACACAACCCAAUCCCAGAAACCAAAAGCCUCCAUACAUCUCAAGUCGGAGAAAUAGACUUUAGGGACCAGGCAUGAUGGCUAUCAAUUCAAAAAUAAAAACAGAAUGCUAAGGUGGAUAAUUUCUUACAGUAUAUAAUUUACACAGACGUGAUGCUGCUUGCCUCCCUUGCAUGGACUCGGAAGGGCCAUCCUCCUUUCUGGAUUAGGGUGUGGGGCUGCUUUGGAAAGAACAGGGAACUUCCUAUAGCAGCAGCAACAAAAAUAAAUAUAAAAUGAAUGUGUCCACAUUGUGAAACACUUGCUGUCACCUUCACCAUUCCAGUUUUUAAAUCCUGAGUCCAAAGCACCAAGAAAAAUUUUUUGCAUAUUUAUAAUUGACGAAAAGAUCAAAGUUGUCUCAGUUCUGCAUAUGUUUUGUUAAGAAAAGGUGUGACACAGCUCCUAGAACUCCACCUAGAAUCAUUGCAAAGGAAGGGCCGUAUUCCCCGAGUCCUUCUUGGUGCACUGUAUCUGCUGGAAGGUAAGGCAGAGGUGCAGGAUGCCGGGGGAAUUAGUGUAUCCUGUAGUCAUCAGUGCCUGAGUACAUGGUGGUACCACCAGAGGGCACUGUCGGCACUGAGGCCUUUGCGGACAUUGACAUCACACUUAAUGAUGGAAG